AGGUCGUCGUUUGAUGUCAUAAAAAUUCGGUAUUUUUGUUUGUGUGUGAUGACUGAUGAUAGUUCUAAAGUUCAGGUUCAUACAGUAUCGUUAUCAAGUUUUACUUAGUUGAUAAUUAAAGUAUAUUACGUAAGUUAGUAUAUACGACGGCUUAUGAAUUAUAACUAAUUCAUACUUUUAAUAAGUAACCUAUAAGUUCAUUGAAAAUGUUUAAGGGUCUUGUUGGGUUAGUAACGGGAGCAGCAUCAGGACUUGGAUCUGCCACUGCCCAGCAACUGGUGAAACAAGGAGGCCGUGUUGUAAUAUGUGACCUAGCAACAAGUUCAGGUCAAGAGACAGCCAAACAUUUAGGAGAGAAUGCAACAUUUGUGCCAGUUGAUGUUACGUCAGAGCAGGACGUACGAAAUGCCUUACAGGUGACAUUAGAUAAGUUUGGGCGCCUCGAUGUUGCUGUGAACUGUGCCGGUAUCGCAUCUGCAGCAAGAAUUUAUAACUUUAAAAAAGAACAACCAUUCGACCUUAAAACUUUUCAGAGGACAGUAGAAGUUAAUUUAGUAGGAACAUUCAAUGUGAUACGAUUGGCGGUAGGUCUAAUUGGUAAGAAUGCUCCUGAUAAUGAUGGGCAACGUGGAGUCAUUAUUAACACUGCAAGUGUUGCCGCUUUUGAUGGACAGAUCGGCCAAGCAGCUUAUUCGGCGUCGAAGGCGGGCGUUGUUGGAAUGACGCUACCUAUAGCUAGGGAUCUAUCAAAGCAAGGCAUCAGGGUGGUUACCAUCGCGCCAGGUUUGUUUCGCACUCCGAUGAUGGAACAGCUUCCGGAACCAGCGAUUAAACAGCUGGAGGCUUCGGUACCUUUCCCACCUCGCCUGGGCCACCCAGAAGAGUACGCAUUACUGGUGCAGAGCAUAAUACAAAAUCCUAUGCUCAACGGUGAAACUAUACGUCUCGACGGCUGUAUAAGGAUGCAACCGUAAUUCAGUCUACUAACAAAAUAGUUUUACAAUCAUAAGUAGAUAGAGUUGACUGUGCCAUUAUAAUUUGCACAGAUAUGUAUAUAGAAAUAUUAAAAUGACUGUUAAUGGGCUCAUGAAAUUUUAUUAAAGACAGUAAAAGUUUUAAGGUUGUUCCUGCAUUUAGAAGUUUUACGUUAAAAUGUGAUUUUACUGCAUUUGUCAGUUGUUUAAACGGGAAUUUGUGUAGAAUAUAAUACAAUUGUUUAAUGUAUUUAUCAAUAGUUUUGUAGAUAUGCGAAUAAAGUGUUGAUACUCUUGGUAAAUA